AUGGGCGAUAACCCGGACAAGGCCAUGAUAGAUUGGUACAAACCUUGUCGCGUUGGAAAGUUCUACCGCGGCUUUCUGAACAUCCUCAAACUUGACAAUAUGCUCAACCUCGCUGAUGUGACCAAAAACCACGGGGCGAACUUUGGCAUGAACAAACAUUUUGCAAAGACCACGAACAUUAACGCGAUCAUGCCCGCGCCCGUAGCCACGAGCGCCCACUCGUUUGCCAGCAUGGGCUUACCCAACCAUGCGGACUUUAGCAUGACCAACGGCCAAACUCGGAACCAGGGCAUCGGCGCAAAUUCGUUUGUAUCCAACGACAAACCAGUCUCAGACCAAGCACGCGGGGCCGCCCAUGGCUGGGGAGGAGCUAGAAAGGGCGGAUGA